AUGGCGGCGGGGGGCUCCGUGGCGGCGGAGGAGCUGGCGGGCACCGCCGAGGCUCCCGGUGAAGCGCUCCGCGUCUCGCUCUGCCCCGCGGGCCCGGAGGCCACCCCCGGUGCGGCGGGAGGGAGCUCGUACCUGGCGGCGUGCCGGGCCUGCGGCGUCAGCCCGGCCUCCUGCCUCCUGCGGCGGCCGCGGGGCACCGCGAUCCCCCUGCGGCACCGAGGGCUGGGCCCGCGGGGUGCCAAGGCCUUAGCUCUUUCCUUGGUGGCUGAUACCUCCGUCGUCAAGUUAGACCUGGGUGACAACUGGCUGCUGGGAGAAGGGGCAGCUGCAAUUGCAGAGAUGCUGAAAGAAAACUGCUGCAUUUCAGCUGUUGAUUUAUCUGACAACAAAUUGGGCACUGAGGGAGCUAAGGCCCUUUCUGCUAUGCUUCUAGAAAACAAUACAAUUGUGUCCCUCCAGCUCUCAGGAAAUGAAUUUGAUGACCACGCAGCAAAGUAUUUAGCAGAUGCCAUCACAGCAAACAGCAAAGUGGAAAUUCUUGAUCUGAGUUACAACAUGUUUGGUGAUAAAGCAGGUGAAGUUCUUGGAAUGGCAAUAGCGGAAAACAUUGGACUAAAGGAACUUAAAAUCAGCUGGAACCAUUUCCAUAGCGAAGGGGCAGCUGCUUUGGCCAAAGGCUUGGGGGCAAACAUAUUCCUCAAGGUGCUGGAUGUUUCCUACAAUGGUUUUGACAACAGUGGAGCAGCUGCCUUGGGGGAGGCUCUUAAAACCAACAAUGUGCUGGAAGAGCUCAACAUUGGCAAUAAUCGUAUUUCGGUGGAAGGAGCUCUGCGAUUUGCAGUUGGCCUGAAAGAAAACAAGACUCUAAAAACUCUUAAUAUGAUCAGAAAUCCCAUGCAGAAUGAAGGCUGCUGUGGGGUCCUCAAAGCUCUACAGGCAAAUUCUGGCUCUGCUGUGGAGAUCCUGGAUCUGCCAGACAUACCUGUGAGCAAAGAGUUUGCAGAGCUGUGUGAUGCUGUGAAAAUACUUUUUCCAAAUCUACUUCUCAGACAUGGUGGAAACACAAAGUUGCAGAGGAAAAGUCAGUUGAAGGUUGAGCUUCAGACUCAGCUGAAAGUGGUGGGUAAUUCCCAGAAUUCAAUGGCUUAACGUGAGUCUCUUUGGGACUGCUUUAGCACUUCAGCCUAACAUCCCAGUACCGCUAACCAAACCUGUGACACAGGAAUGCCCUGGGGUAAUGCCGAAGGCAGAAUAUGUGGAAUUAUUGGCUACUUCACCACGGCUGUCACUUGGAACUUUUUGUAUCUGUUUAAGAUUUCUGCUGUGGCCAGCUCUGAGUCUCUUCUAGCACAUGCAAGAACAUCUCCAUGGAUGAGACUCCAUGGCUCCUUUUUGCAUAGAGACAUGUCUGCAUAGAAACAUUUAUCAUCUUAACAUCUAUCUUUCUGCAUAGAGACAUUUGUCUGGAGCAGUUGGUGGAACGCAAUGUGCCACAGCUGCUGCUCGUGGCUGCUGUUGUUGAGAUCCAUGGCCCACUGCAGGGGUCUGCACAGCUCAAGAGUGUGGUGUGCUUAUGUAGCAAGUAAAGUCCUAUUCAGAGCUGUGCUGUGAACAGAUGCUUUCUGUCUUAGGCUUGUUCUGCUAUACAGCCAGGAUUGCUUUUGCUGAAUUGGCUGUCAGAUGCACUGGUGACUCAUUUUCAGCUGCCUCCUGCUACAGUUCCUUAGCCUUAUGAGGAGCCCGUACUCUCCAGGGUAAAGACCCUGUCCUAGGUCACGACUGGCAUUAUUUC